AUGAAGAACAUGGCGCGCAUCGCGGGCCUGCGGGAGGGGGCGGACGGCAGCGAAACGCGGGCCAAGGUCAUGGCCCACCGAGUAGCCAUCGUGUUUGGCCACUACCUGGCCCACACCUCGCGGGCCUCGGUGGUCAGCAGGCCGCAGACGCUGGCCACGUCGCCUACUCGAGCGCGGCAGUCUGGCGGAGCUCUCCGACGUCCUGGCGCCAAGCUUCAAUGCCUUGGAACUCAACCUCGAGGGCGCGAGCUGGCAGGUGGCGGGAAAGCUGGAAAUCGCGGGGGGCGCGCGGCACACCCCGCGUCGCUGGACGAGCAGGAAACGACGCUUCAGCGCCGCCAGUUGGACGACCUGCGGGGCCAGAGGUCGCGGCCGCGGCUCGAGCUGGCCUUCGGCGGAGCCGGCCGCUCGCGAAGCCCCCCAGCUCGCGCGCAGGCCGACGGGCCUGCGAGCCCAGCGCAGAGGCCGAGGUGGAGGCGACGGGGGCGCGGCAGACCCUCGCGGGAGUGGCGCGCGCCGCGCGGGCCCGCGGGCCCGCGGCCAGGCGAGGGGGCUGCAGCGGCCGCGGCCGCCCCAGCACCCGCGGCGGAGCGCUCUCCGACAGCCCGGGCCGCGCGGCGGCCGCAGAGGCCCCAGGUCAUUGCGCCGCCGCGCCAGCCUAAUACGGCAUCAUUAUCAGCAAUAUUGGAAACCGAAGGAUGA